UGUACAGAACUUCUAAUGGUGUAUUGUCUAGCUUUGUUUACAAUAUUAUUGUACUGCAGGGACCCCCUGUACAGAACUACUAAUGGUGUAGUGUCUUGCUUUGUUUACAAUAUUAUUGUACUGCAGGGACCCCUGUACAGAACUACUAAUAGUGUAGUGUCUAGCUUUGUUUACAUUAUUAUUGUACUGCAGGGACCCUUGUACAGAACUACUAAUGGUGUCGUGUCAAAUAAUCUGAAAAAAAGUUGGGUUUCCGCUCCAACCAACCAAAGUCAGACUCAGAGAAAGGUUGAUCAAUCUGAGAUAGAUGCUAGGCUCAAAUCUCUCAUGGAUAGAUUAUCCAAUCAACAGUCUCUGUUGAAACCUGCUGAUAAACCAAGCAAAGAGAUGCAGCAUUAUCUGGACAAUGCUCCCAGCACCCAUAGAAAAUUAUCCGAUUCUACUCCAUAUAUUCCUUACAAGCCUGCAACAAUAAUAACCUCACCUGCAGCCCCUGUUAUAACAAACAUAGUAGAUACUGAUAAGCAGGAAUCCGGGAAUAGCACGGGAGAUACUGUACACGAGGAACCGGUUCUUGAAAGUGCUCCCAGUGACGAGUUGGAUGAGAACCUUCUUGACAGUUCCAGUGAAAGCACAGAAACAGAUUCAGACUCAGAUACAGAUACUUCACAGGCUAGUGACAUAGAGAUUGAGAAAAAAUAUGACGAAGUUCCUGAGAUAACGAUAAAUCUAGUUGAUGGGGAUACUGAUUCCAAUGUUACUCCCCAACCUGCCACUCCCCAGCCAAUCACCUCCCAGCCUUCCACUCCCCAACCUGAUACUCCCCAGCCUACCACUCCCCAACCACUCACAAAUGUGGAAGCCACAAUAAGUGAAGAGUCCAAAACUGAAAAUCCCGAUCUUUGUGAGGAGGAAUUGGGUGACAAAUCCGUAGAUAAAGAUGCACAGCCCAGCUCCUCCCAACCUAACCCUGCCAACGUAGAUGAGAUAAGAGCCCCUGGAUCCACUAGCGAAGUUCCAACGGAAGAUUGUGAUACAGCUCCCUGUGAUACACAACCUGAAGAACCCUCUCCAGAUACUCAUGAGAACAGAACUCUCGGUGAAGUGGAAGACCGGAAUCAAAAUGACUCUAAACCUGAAAUAACUCAAGAUCGCACUCGCAUUCCACCGAUUCGUCGUCCAAGUCUGCUUAAAACUGUCGUGUCGAUCAAGAAUUCCGAGCCGGUGACAGUUGUUAACUACGAAAUGGUCGAUACUUUCGACAGUAUUGAUUUUAUCGACGAUGGAUCGAGCUGCGGUGAGAGUCCAGAUAAGAAUAAACAGUUUGUCGUUGAUACUGAGAAGUAUGAGGAUGCUGAGAUCAAUGCUCUUGAUGAAACAACUGAAAUUUCAGAAUCGAUAUCUGAAAAUAGAAAUGGUGGUGAAGAAACUCAACAUAGCGCCAAAGAAACCCAAAAUGGCGGCGAAGAAACUCAAAAUGGCGCCAAAGAAAUUCAUAAUGGCGGAGAAGAAAAUAAAAAUGGCGGCUUUCUAAUAGUUUGUCAUCACGCUGAUCCUUUGCUUGAUGGAGAGAAUGAGACUAGUACUGAUCCUGCAGCGAAUCCUGUUCUUUCUUCAAAGACCGAAGAUCAACAAACCGAACCCGCCGACCUCCAUCAAGAUGAAAUCAUUGAACCUCAAGAUUCAACCUCAACUCCAACCUCUGCUCCUCCAGAGGCUGAUUCUGAGGUUUGGGAUAUCCUCAAAUCUAAGAACUCAUCAGAGAAGAAGGCCCGGUUAAACAUUUACCAGCAGAAGCAGAGUAAUAUCGUGCACAACCUAAUUAUGGGAAUGCCGCGUCAACGUAGAGUUCGGCAACCACGUGCACUUGCUCCGACGUCUUCCAUCAAACCUCCUCCUUCCGACCAGAUUGUUGCAGAAUCUAGCCCUAGAUCACCUGUAUCCGAUACAGAUGAAAGCCUUAGUGUAUCUUUUAAUCCAUCAGCAUAUAAGAGUGGGGAUUUCCCGCGAAAUAUUCGUGAAAGUUCUUUGCCGCGUUCAAUUAGAGACUCAUCACCCAGAAUUACUGCUGCUGUCUCCCUGCCUCCGACUCCGAUCACGAAUCCUGAAAAGUUUGGAAUCAGAAAACAAGAUGGACGACAGGUUGGUGAAGGACUAACAAGCCCGACUAGAUCCAGUAGUUCCCAAUAUCUUAUCAGGAGAGGGAUAUCCGGAGACCUGAUAAGUCCUUCAGGAUCCCAUACAUCAGAUACAGAUAAUCUUGACGGAUUAGUUUCAUCUGCUGCCUCAAGUCUAGGAAACUCGCCAAAGAAAGCUGGAGCUAAUUCUAACAGUAACACACCGAAGAAAGGUCGAGGGUUUAUGGCGGCCAUGACGAAUAUAUUCCGAGGAUCCUCUAGUCCUCAACCUUGUCCUCAGAAAGCAGGAGGUCAUCAGCCCCCACUUGCAGGACAAGAGGAGGACGAGGAUGAGGUUUUGUCCAGAUCUGUUUCUGUUCAGAAAAGUAAACCUGGUGUUACCUCUGUACUGCUGGGGGCUACUAAUGAAUCCAAUCCAUCUCUAGACAGUUUUACGGAGCAGGAUGAAGUUUGUGCUGGACUAAGUGAAGAAACUCUGAAGAAACUAACCGACUCUCAAAUACCUCCUCAUCUACUGGAACGCCUAGAAAAGAGGUUAACUACCAAGGGUCAGGUUCAGGCGAAUAGAGCAUCAAUGCAGAGAGUUCGGAGAAUACAGGAGAUACAACGAGAACUAGGAGUAGUCGAGGUUCAAUGCUUGGAUAUUGAACGUGAAGGAGUAGUUCUGGAGAAGAAAAUGUCAGGAGCAGAGAAGGAGAAAGACGACGAGAAGGAGGUGGAGCUCCUGGCGGCCUGGUACAGGCUCCUGGGAGAAAAGAACAGGCUGGUUAGGAGGGAGCAGGAGCUCAUGGUUGAGAGUAAACAGCUGGAGCUCAUUGAGCUCGCGGACAGAGCUGAGAUAGAGCUGGUUAGAGUUGACGGAGAGGAGGCUACAGCACUCCUAGAUAAAAUCUCAAGGAUUGCAGAACAAAGGGAGGAGUUGGAGCAGGUGUUAGACAAGGACAGGGAGAGAUACAGGAGGGAGGACAGGGAGAUACAGCUUAGGAUGCAGCAACAAGGGAUCAGUGCACCAAUGAUCUAGUUACUUAACUGAUAGAAGGAAGAGAGCUGAAUCACGUGGUCAAAUGAAUAUCCGCCAAACCUUGAUUCCAACAUGGCUGCUUUUAGGCUAAAAAAAAGCGUGAUGAAGGGAAAAUGGCGCCAACAUCUUGAAUCUAAUUGACUGCCUUUAGUACAGAAUUGAAUAUUCUCUAUUGAUAAGAAAAUUAAUACGUAAUUCUCAAACACAACUAACGUUUCCAACGCAAGUGGAUUGUACUUGCGCGCAAUUUCUGGCCCUGUCUUCGCAAUUCUACGCAAUACAAGAACAGUUGCGCUCAAUUCCGCACAGUUGCACGCAACGGUAUUCCGAUUGGAAACCCUAAACUCAACCCACCUCCCUUUAUUUCUUGCCAGUUUUCUGUAUGUUGAAUAUUAUGUGUUACUUAGCUUUUUUAUACGUUAUACAGUUUUUUAAAAUCAUUUAAUCAAGCUUGAUAUUUUUAUAUAUAUAUAUAUACAUAUUUUGUUUACAUAUUUUUGCUAACUCUACGCUGCUUUAACUUAUCUCGACCUUAUACUUAGUCCUAAAUAUGUUGAAUAAAUUGCAUAAUGUGGAAAUUUGAAAUUCUGUGAAACAAAAUCUUGCAAUUUAAUUUUUAGUUUUUGCUGAUAAGUGAAGGUUUUGUGAUAGAUUCUCAUUUCUACAAAUAGGCAAAUAAUUGUAAUAUUGACUUGAUAAUAACGUUUGUGAAUUUAAAUUAACAGAUUUUUAUGUAAUGUUUAAAAAAUAAUCAAAAUAGUCCCAAUGUAUCUCUCUCGUGAGCCGUGACACUGGUUGAAUUGGGUUUUGUUUCAACGCUAAUUAUUUGUUUUAAAUGUGAAACUAUGAUAAUUAAAAAAAUUAAAUAUAUUAUAUUAUUAAA